UACUCCCUGCCUUGCUGGCCACAAUCCUUGUGUUUAUGGACCAGCAGAUAACUGCAGUCAUUGUCAACAGGAAGGAACACAAACUGAAGGUAGGCGCUCUGAAAAGUGAAAUUGGGGUUUGGUAUGGGGUAGGUAGGUUGAAAAGAAAUUUGGGUAGGGUAUGGGGGUAGGACUAUUUUACUUUAGUUAGGAACAACUACCAAAUUAAUUUGGGCCAACUACUUCUUGGCAUAUUUUUUACCACUGUGUUAAAGGACCACCAUUAUAGGAUAAGCUUAAAAAGGAUUCAAAUAGUUGAUUUGAAUUAAAUAUUGACUCGUUAAUUCUUAUUCAUGGUGCUUAAAAUAAAGACAAAGCCUCAUUUAAAUAGUUCAGUAGUUUACAUUUGAAAUCUACAUAAACUUAGUAUUAUCAAAUUUAGACUUAACGGAAACUGUAAAUUCUUAAAUGAAAUUAAUGUCAUACAGAAAGGCUCUGGCUAUCACCUGGACAUUUUGGUACUGGCUGUACUUAUAACUGUCAUGUCAAUCCUUGGUCUGCCUUGGUAUGUGGCUGCUACUGUGUCUGCACUAGCGCACAUAAUGAGUUUAAAGGUAAAAAAACAAAUUGGAUAUUUUCUGAAUAAAAAUUGUGUUUUUGAACCUGCUUUACAUUUAACACAGAACUUUUGUUGAUUCAACAAUUUGCUAGAUUUAAAAAUGUUGCUGACCAUUAAUGUGACCAUUAUGUAGGCCCCCCCCCCCGCAUCUAUUUUAGUCCUAUAAACAUACUUCUACUGUAAAAUGACAGAAACUUUAAGGUCAAUCUGAUUUAAUUGCCAAUAAUCCCAGGUUGAGUCUGACUGCACUGCCCCUGGUGAGAAACCUGAGUUUUUAGGUGUCAGGGAACAACGAGUUACAUCCCUUUUGGUAGGACUGCUGAGUGGGUUAUCUGUCCUGUUGACUGGCGUUUUGAAGGUAUACAUUCAUAGCUCUAUAGAUGUUUAUUUAUUCAUUUAGUUUGCUGUUGUGUACAUUUUUAAGGACUGGGAGAUGGCAUCCUCCAAAAUUGCAGGAGAUAGCCAGAAAAUUAACCACAUUAUUUCAAAAGUUAUGUAAAUUUGUAAGAAGACAUUCAGAUAAGAAAAGAUUCUUUAUUGAUUCAAAAAAAUGGAAAUUUUACAUUGUACAUAUUCAUUUUUAGCACAUAAAUAAAUACAUAUUUACAUUUCUGGUAAUUGAAUAAUAUAAUUAAUAUGUUCUAGAUAUCCCCCUGUUUUUAUUUAUAAAAAAAGUUAUACUUUUUUUUUUUAAAUCUUGUUAAAUGGGUUCUCAUUAUGAAAUGCAUUAUGAUGUUGUUUGUGAUAUUUGUUGUGUUUUUUUAAUUGCAGUUUUCAUAUAAUAUUUUGAUUUUCAUUCAAAUAUUGUUAUUGUUUAUCUUACAGUUUAUCCCACUGCCAGUGUUAUAUGGUGUCUUUCUGUUCAUGGGUGUCAGGUCAUUGGAAGGCAUGCAGGUAUGUCACAACUAGAAAAUUACUUAUCUCUGUUUUAAUUUUUUUUAAACCCAAACUAAGAAGAUGCAUUUUAAAAAUAGUAGGUUAAAGCUGGCUCAAUAGAUUUUUAAUUUUCUUUUCCUUUUUAGAUAUAAUAAUAUAUCUUCAAGCCACACAGCCUGCAAAUUAUACAUUUUUAUAUUCUCUCAGUUUGGGAUUGUAAUCUUAAUAGGAAUGUAAUUAACCAGAAGGGGGAAGAAAUCAGUAUAGAUUAUUAUAGGCUUAUAAAUAUUUUCAAUUAUUAAAAUUAUUAGAUAUACUGAUUCUGUUAUCAAUUAUCAAAAAUUUUUAUCCUGAGUGUCUUGGGGAAAAAAUGUUAAUUUCAAGUAAAUAUACUUUUAGUAAUAGAAUUUUUUUUGAAAGUUUGAAUAGACAGCCAUAUUAGACUUCAGAUGGACUGUUUGCAUAGUUAAAGAAAAAUAAUGUUUAAAUGCAAUAAUUUUAUCUAAACUUAAUUUUAAAAAGUCUGUAUUCAUUUAAUCAUUUAUUCAUCAGCUGGUUGAUAGGUUCAUGCUGUAUAUGAUAAGUCCCAAAUAUCAACCUGACUAUCCUUACUUGCGACAUGUGCCUUUGUUGAGGGUUCACAUCUACACUCUCAUUCAAAUAUUGUGCCUUGCGGGACUGUGGAUCAUUAAGACAUUCAAAGAGACAUCUAUAGGCUUCCCAAUAAUGGUAAGGUGUUAUUCCGUUUGUUGAAGAACACUGUUUAGUCCACUCUGUUAGUUACAGUAAUCGACCUAAAGCAGAUAAUUUUAUUUGGUUUUAAAGUUAAUAAGAGGGUUAGAUUAAUUUUCUGUGACUUGAAAUAAUAAUCACUGCUGAAAACCAAAAUACUUAGCAUGUGUAAAUUUAUAUUAGAACUCUUAAUUAACCAUUUAAUUUACAUGUAAAAUAGAUUUAAAGGGGAACAAAAUGGUGGAUAUACAUUAUGGCCUUCUCUAAAAUCACCCCGCAAAAAAAAUCCAAUUUUAAAAAUUUAAUUUCAAAUAUUUAAAAUUAUGAGAUUCAAUAAAGAUUCAGUAACAUUGAGACCGUUUUUUGUUUUUUUAUUCAUUAUAACAAGAAAACGUUCAUUUGUAGAUGCAUUUAUUUUUCCAUCAUAAUGAGAAAUAAAUGAAGAUGAAUCAAAUGGCAGAAACCUGGAGUUUUGAAAUAACAAACACAAAAUGAUUCAAAGCUUGACAAGUUUUAUGCCUUUUUAAGUCAUUCUAAAAUUAACAAUUAAUGAAAAUGAGCUUUUAUUAGAUAAUUUAUUCUGUUUGAUCUUGUAGAGGAGAUCUUAUUCAAUCAAUGAAUGUUUACACAGGUUCUUGCUACCUGUUUCAUUCGGAAGCUUUUAGACUGCAUCUUCACACAGUUUGAGCUCAGCUGGCUUGACCACAUUCUCCCUCCCAUUACCUCCAAGAAAACAAAGGUAACAUUCAACCAGGUGAUAACCAUGGAAACCAAACGGAAAUUUAGUAUUUUCAGUAAACGUGUCACAAGACCACCCUCCCCUUUUCCCAAGGAAGAGCCGCCCAUGAAACUCAAAAUGAAGAUGGAUGUAGAGGCACGUUUCCAUGAAGGCCAUGAAGAUUACAUAAUGUGAAGCUGUUUCUAUGAUACCAAUCAAAGCACUUGUAUUGAAUCAUUCAGAUUCACCUGGGUAUCAGGGUAGCUAGAAUUAUUUGGAUUUUUUUUUUUUUUUUUAAAUUAUAUAUUUUUUUGUGAUGCUAUUUUAGUUUUUUUAAUGUUUUAUUUAGUAACUGUUGGAAAUAAGAGUUCAGGAAAAGGGAGACUUUUCCAUGUGUGCCAUGGGGGAAAAAAAGCUAAUCAUGAAGAUUUCAUAAUGCGAAGCUGUUUCUAUGAUACCAAUCAAAGCACUUGUAUUGAAUCAUUCAGAUUUACCUGGGUAUCAGGGUAGCUAGAAUUAUUUGGAUUUUUUUUUUUUUUUUUAAAUUAUAUAUUUUUUUGUGAUGCUAUUUUAGUUUUUAUAAUGUUUUAUUUAGUAACUGUUGGAAAUAAGAGUUCAGGAAAAGGGAGACUUUUCCAUGUGUGCCAUGGGUGAAAAAAAGCUAAAUUACAGAAUAUUAGAAUUAAGAUGGAAUGUGUGUAUAACAAUGAAUUAUUCAUGUGUGGUCCCUUGAUACCGUACUCACAUUUUGCACAACUGCUUAUUGAUUGGUGUUUUAUAAUUAUUAUGUUGACUUGUAAGACAUUCCAUUCUAAAGAUUUUUAAAUUUAUCAUUUAGUUAGCCACCAAACAAUAUAUUUAUACAAUUUAUAAUAUAUUAAAACUCAAACCAUCAAUUAUACAUAUCUAUAUAUAUAAUAUAAUGCAAAGGGACCGAUUCAUUUCAUUUUUGUCACUAUUUAUACCUUAACUUAGAUAGCGAGAAAGAAAAUGACUUAUCAUUAAUAUAUUUACAUAAUAAGAUUAGUAUUUCCAAGCUCAUACUAUAAUUGCUCAAAAAAAUUACCAAUAUCUCAGAACUUAUUAUACAGCAAAAAAAACAACUUACUAAAUAACUGAGUUGUUAAAGUAAAAAAAAAAAAAGAAUUAUUUGGUGUGUGCAUUUUUUAGAAAAUGUUCUUUGAAUGCAUUUACCAAGAAUGAUGCCAAAAAAAAUAUUUAAAUCACUCUACAAGGCUUAAAAUAUCACAUUUGAUCAAUAAUAAAUGUUAACUGAGAACUAUAAGCCAUAGUACAAAUAAAAUUUCCAAGGACAAAAUUUAGAUGAUUUUUUUACCAUCCAACAAAAGUUUAUAUAUUAUAAUUAGGGAUAUUUUGUAAUAUAGUAAUGGAAUAUUUGGUAAUAUAUUUAGGCCUAUUCGGAGGCAUUUGUUGUUGAAUAUUAGGCAUGUAAAACUUGGUAUUUGAUGAACCAUGUUCCUAUAAAAUAUCUUAUGCACAGCUUUUGAAAUUCCCCAUCAAAUUAGAUUUACAUCCUCGAUGCAACUUGUUAAUUGCAAGCAUCAUUUAGACAAUAUGUGCGUCAAAUUAACAAGCUCCUCCUUUCCUACUAAAACCUUAACACAGCUUUUAAAAAAAGUGAAUCUUUGUUCAUAACAUCUAAGAUACAUAGCAGUACAUGUAGCAGCUUUUGCUCUACUAACAUGUAGUGUUUCUCAAACCAAUGCCACAGCACACUUGUAUAUAUAAUAAAGACUAGAGUUCUAGGAUACAUUCUGAAAAACAAAGUGAACUGAUUUCCAUUAAAUAUUUCAAGAUUUUCUUUUGUAAUUAGAAAGAAAGGUUUGGGUUUACUAAUGAAAACCAUGAUAAUUGUUUUAUUCAAUUUUCAAUUCAUCAAAUGAUUUUCAUUGCAAUCUUAUUUAGUUUGGAUCUCCUAUUAACAUUUUUAAAACAAAAUUACAAGUGUGGCUCGGCUUAAAACUUUAAGAAACACUGUUGCAACAUGACUUCACUUUAAUAUUGUUAGCUUCAAUUUGAAUAACUUUAUUACUAUUGCUAUUGUUGUUGUGUAAAUAGCAUGUACAUAAGCUUUGGGCUGGAAACUUUUCUGUCAUAUUUUUUUUAUUUCUUAUUGUUUAGUUGCCAGAGUGACAGAUUUUAGUUACAAACAAUGGCAUACUCUUAUUUAAUAAAAGUCUAUAGUUUAUUGUGAUAUUCUCAAGCUCUUUUCUUGUUCACUGUAAGGAAAUAUUUUUAAUUGAUAAUUAUUUUAACAAAUAACAAAUUUAAAAAAAUACAGAUCUGAAAUAAUUAAAUCAGUAAAGGAGAUAGUUGACAUUUGUCACUACUAAUCCUGCUUGAAUUUGAAGGAGAGUUAUAAUUUGAGCUAUUUCAUCACGUUACUGUGUUAUGUUUCUAAUAAAUACUGAGUUUAAAGAAUUUUUAUAAUUAAAUUUAGGCUAUUUUUAAUAAAAACCUCUCAACCUCUAUUCCUAGUUUCUGCCUGUAAUUGUAGGCCUAAGAUGUUUAAUUUUUCUCUUCAAUUACAAAUAUUGGCGCUUUUUAUUUUAAUAUUACCUUUUAUACUUUUGUUUUGCAUAUUUUAACCUCAUUUGUGACACUGCUGUCCCCUACAAUUUCAUUCGAUAAUGAUGAGAUAAUAUUCUCCACCUGAUAAGCUACCACAAAUAGAAAUUAAUUUUAGUUGUAAAAUAAUGAAAUAACACAGAUUUUUUUUUUUUUUUUUUUUUUUUUUUUUUUUUUAAAUAAUUAAAAAUAACAUUUUUUUUUUUUUUUUUUUUUUUUUUUUUUUUAAAGCAUUAUUAUGAAACCAGUGCCAUCAUCCAUUAUUUAAUGUAGUUGGGAAUACCUGAGGGAACUGCCAAGUAGAAAAUUUAACAUAUGAGAUUUUGGUUUGGGUUGAAGGAGCUCAUUGGAUUUGUUUACAUUUUUCAUAGCAAAUAGUGAUACAACUUUGAUAUUCAUAUUUUAAGGUAUAAAUUAGAAAAUCUUUCAAUCCUAUGCUAAUAAACUGUUUUGACAAAGGGAAGAGACUAAAAUUGUAAUGAUGGUUUAAGUUGAGCCAAAGGAACCCAUGUAAUUUUACUAUUUACAUCACUGUUUUUAACCUGUUUUUUACCUAUAAAAAUGAAUUGCAUUCACAUGUUCUGAAAUCAUAAAUUAUUGAAUGAUUUUGAUAGAGUAGUUUAAUAACUAAUUUAAGUUAAAAUUAGUAUUAAAAAAAACACAGAGAAAAGUUAUGUUAAAAUAUCUUAGUCAAGCUGUUGAAACAGAAUUUACUCAAAACUCAAAGCAUAACAAGUUGAAGCAAAUAGCUCAUAUUUGACACAACAGUAGCCAAUUAAACAACACAUUUCACUCACCUAAUAGUAAAUCAAAUACUGAAAACAAAGAUAUCCAUGGGGUUUUCCUGUUUUUGCAGGGUGGUACCUCAUUCUUACCUAAUGACCACCCCAAUGGCACUGUGGCUGUGCCGGAAAUCAACAUAGAUCAUCCGGUAGAGAUGACCGUCCAUAGUGACAGCAGCACAAGCAUCGACAGCAAUGACGUUAUAGUCAGAAUCAAUGGUUGCCACAACUUUAACUCUUUUGGGGCAGGAAGUGCAUCUAAUGCAAAAGUUCCUUCACCAGUCAAAAUUGUCAUAAAUUAGUUUAGAGUCAUUCACAUGAAAACAGGCCUUCUUAUAAGAUAAAAUGUUUGUUUUAACUGAACUGAAGUACCAAAGCUAAAAAAAUAUAUAAUAUAACCUACCUACAGGUCUUUCAUAUUAAUUUGAAAGGGCUACUGUUGAUUAAAUCCUUCCUUUAAAAAAAUCAUUUGAAUUAAAUAAUUAUUAAAGUGCAUUAGUUUCUAGGGCACUAUGAGAUAAAUGAAAACCAGUUCUUUAUAAAAUAAUCACUUGUAUGUUUUAAGUAGUGGUCCAUUUAAUCCCUGGUUAAUCAAUAGUUAAAGUUGAGCUUGAAGCUAAUUGUAAAACAAAACUAUUAAAUUUCAUGUUUCUGAGAUUAUAAUAUUUUAUAAUUCACCUUGUAAGAAUUGAAGACUUAAGUUAUUUCUCCUUAAAAGUUCUUGUAAAAAUAGAAAUAUGAGCUUAAGAUUACCAGCUAAUAAUCAGAUUUAUUUUAGUUAAAGAAAACAAUAUAAAUAUUUACUCAGAGGCUUGAAUCUUGAAUUUGUUAAAUGCUAAUAUGACCUUUUUUAAAAUGUUUUGUAAAAGAUUGAACAAUGAGCUCUCUUCAAUGCUGAUCAAUUCUAUUUCUAGAAUGAAAAGUUAAGUGAUGAAUCAUCCAUAAUAUAAAAAAAAUUACUUUGGGUUUAAAUUUAUUUUUUUUAAAAUUCACACAAGAGCCUUUUUCGAGAAAUAGACACGUGAUGCACAUUAGUUCCAAGAUGCAGAAAAAUAACUCAUUUCAUCUUUGUAAAUUAUACCCUAAACACCUUGAAUUGCUUCUUACUAAAUUUGGGAUGAAAUGGUGUUACAAACAAAAAUUUAAAAUAUACUAACAUGGGUAAUAAGCUGCAUGUUUACAAACACUAAAUGUAGAUCAUUUAUUCUCAAACUCAACUACUGUGAACCCAGUUGAUGUGUUGAAAUCAUAUUGCCGACAUUUUGAACUAAUUUUUUUUUUUUUUAAUCAAGAAAAGUCUUUCAUUUUAAAUUUAGUUGUAACUUAAUGUUUGCCUGGAGAAGGAACAACCUGGUUUGGGUUUUUUUAAGUCAUGGUUGACAGAGUAAAGGAAUGCCUUUUUCUUACCUCUGGUUGUGCAGCUAAUACUUUAAAUUAAAAUUUGGUGCAAGAAUUGUGAGCCUCUUCCAUGACUUGGCCAGGAGAAAGGCUAAAGUAGAGAUACAUUGUGAUGUCUAAGUUAUGAAAAAUCAGUUCCAAUUUUUAUGUAAAUACUUGUUCUGAUGGAAAAUUUUUUGAUUGUAAAUCUAUGCACUUGUUUAUCUUUUGUAAAAUUAAAGUUAAUGAUGAUUUUUUUAAAAAAAAACAGUUUGGAUUUGUUUGACUGGCUAUCCAUUGUUAUAGUGUGGUAGGAAAAACUGGUGUCUGGCUGUCGAACACAGAAAUUAUUCAUCUAUUUAUUUGUGUCUAUUUAAACUCAUGUGAUAAUUAUAUCAUUGUUUUAGUCUUCAUUCCGAACUGUAUUUUUUGUAAGUUGUAUAAGUUAAACAUAGUUUUGUUACAUUAUGUUAAGAAAAAAAUUCCAGUUAUAUAUUUAAGGCAACUUUUUAUUUUUUUUUAACAAGAUCUAAGAAAUAGUAACAGAUUUUACUUAAAAUAUUAAUAAAUGUAAUAUUUUGCUGUUAUUUUAAUUUCUUUAAAAAUGUAAAUCUCCAAUGAGCUAGAUCAACUAAGUCUAAAUUAUUCAUAAAAAAGAAAAAUAAAUGCAUGAUUAGAUUGUAGCUAAAAUUAUAACCAGUAUUUCAUUUAUUUUCUGUUUGUUCUCCCAUGAAAUUCAUGCAGUCCCUUUUUAAAAAUGACACUCAAAACAUUGCAUGCUUUUCAUUUAUUAAUUUUUUUACAAUAAAAAAACCACUCCCACUAGCAGCUGUUACCAGAUUAUGUUUACGGAUUUGCAGGGCUACAUUUGGAUUGUAAUUGUUCAUUUAAAUAACAGGGAACACCUGAUUUUCCAUAAUAAUGAUGGUCAAAACUCUUUUUGUUAAUUGAAACAUCAAGUUUAAUGGGAAAAUAAUUGAGUUUCUUUGCAUCUGCAAAUGUUAAUGAAGGUGAGGGUUCGGUAAUUUGUGGAUCUCUUGUUCUAUCGGUGCAUUUAUUUGUACAUAGUGCUGCAGUGAAUUAUUGUCCACUGAUAUAUUGGUUUUAUUAUUUUUAUAAAUUAAUCAGAAUCUAUUCUAAUUCCUGUUUAAUGUAAUAGUAGUGAUUCUAAUCAUUACAUUGCAAACAUUGGAUUUCCAUAAUUUUGAUUUGUAAUAGGGGAGGGCUUUUUUUUAAAAAAAGAAUAUAUUGCCCAAAGCUUAAUGAAAAGAACCAAAACACAAUGGAAGGUCAGGUCAAGCCAAUACAACAGAAUUGACAGCAGUGGACACAUUUGUGUUACUACUGACUGGUUACACAGUACAUCCAUCUGUUUCCAUCCCCGAAAGGUGAUUCUACAAAUUGUCCAGAUGUGUGUAUUAAAAUAUAAAUGUGAUAAAUGAAGUUUGGAGCUAUUUACAUUAACCUGGUCUUUGUAUCCAAGACAAUUCUUUGAAAUAUUUUCAAUAAAAUGUCCUAUUUUUUACAUC